UUGGCGAUGUUGACUAUCAGAGGAGUUAUGUCAGCUGUGGCAAAGUCAAAAGCGUUAAACCUUCUUAGGGUAUCGACUCUUAUGAACAUAAAGGUGAACCAACCACCACAUCGGCAUGUAAUAUGUGCUCAGUCGCGUUAUAUUUUGGGACAUCAGCGGUUCAAUUGUGCAUCAACUCAGGGAAGGCCAGAUGUGUCAGAUGCCAACAAAGACAAAAUACAUCUAACUGAGUCUUGUGUGAAGAGACUCGGGGAGAUCAUGGAGAAGGGUGAAUACCUCAGAAUACAUGUGGAAGGAGGUGGAUGCUCUGGCUUUCAGUACAAGUUUUCUGUUGACAGUAAUAAGAAUGAAGAUGACCGAGUAUUUGAAGAAGGAGGUGUGGGUGUAAUUGUGGACCAAGAAAGUCUGGACUUUGUUAAAGGAGCCACUUUAGACUUCAGUCAGGAAUUGAUCCGCUCCUCUUUCCAAGUCUUAAAGAAUCCUCAGGCUGACCAUGGCUGUUCCUGUGGAAGUUCUUUCUCUGUUAAACUAUGACUAUGAAUAAAAAUAAACAUGAUCAGUGAUUAAUUGCUGAGUUCAGCCAAUGGCUAAAUUAAAUGCCAGUCAGUAUUUAUAGUUCCAGAGCGAGUGUGAGUUCUUUCAGUAGUACUUUUGUCAAGGCUUUCCUCUGUAAAUAACAUGUAUAAUUAAAUACUUUACUUAAUUUAUUAUAUUUUAUGUGUACAAAUGAUCUUGUAUGGAGAGUUGUAUAAAUGCUUUAAACAUUAAAC